AUGUCCCUCGAUCUCGCCGACUUCGACCCGCUGGGCGAUAAGACUGAGCUGAGGGAUGCUUCGAAUGGCUCUGACGUACCCGACUCUCCCUUCUCGGCCGGUCUUCAUGGCACCUCUCUUCCGCCAAGCGACCCCACCUCGCCGGCGCCUUCACACUUACGUAGCGACGUCGACCUGCUCAUCGACUUCGCCUCGAGCCCGCCGAAACCCGCCUCGACACCCUCACUUGUUCUCCCUGCGAACGAAAGCGCUUCGCCGGAGACGACUUCGCCGCCGUUUGUCCCUGCUCAACGACAGACGACUCUCCUCGAUGACUCGUUUGACGGUUUCGACCCGACGAGCGUUGCCAACACGCCCUUUGCCAGUCUUUCUCCCCCUCCGACCGUCCGCCGCGUUCAACCCCCUCCCGCAGAAGCUGAGGAGCAGCCCCGACCAGCUGCAACGCGCCCUAUCGGCCGAAGAUGGAGUGUGAUGAAUCGGUUGCAGGCCGAGAAGCGGAGGACGAGCGGAAAGGGCUUGUCGCCGGUCAAGGAUUGCAGUCCACUGAAAGAGGGCGACUCGUCGAUGUUCCUCUCACCGCAGCACCUCGGCGCAGCCGACAUGUCGCUCAUCGCGGACGAAGGCGGCUCGUUCCUCCUGCACGAGGCGAACGAGACGACGCUCGACAGGAGCGCGAUGUCGGAGAUCUGCGAAGAAUCGGAAGAGCCCAGCGAAGGCAUGUCGACUCUGCUGCGCGGGCUCGGCGAGUCAACGAUUGGUUCGGCGCGCUUUCCCAGCUCAAAGUCGACUCCGGCGCUGUCGACGAUCUUUUCGGCGGGUGCUUCUCCGCAUUUGCUCUCUCGCUCAACCGGACCCUCUCAGAGCGCCUCGCGUGCCCCGCCGGAACCCAGCUUUGCGCUCGACGACCCUUCUCCCGCCGACGCAACCUUCCUCAACAGCUCGACCGCCUCGUUCAAAGAGUACCGCGACUCGCCGGUCAAGUCUCGCGUCGUCAGCAUCCAAGCCGAGCACUGGAUCGCGGAGGAGGACGAGAUUGAGGAUGACGGCAAGACGCCUCGUCCGCCGGUCAGGAGGUUUGGCCGCGAGUCUGGCGCCAGCGACACGAGCAGCGGGAUCGAGGAAGGGCCGUCGAGCUCUUCGUUCGACUUUACGCGGUGGCAGACGGGCGAGGUCGGGACGGGCAUCCUCAACCAGAGUCCGCCUACCGCCGCGUUACUCGCCGAGUCGACGCGUACGGUCGAGCUCGCUCGGUCUACCGCGCGUACCGCCUCUCCGCCCGACUCGCCCGUUUCCGCCCUCGCCAGCUCGACGCGGACGGUCGUUCCGGAGACGAGCCACGUGGUCGCAUCGCAGCCGUUGGCGCCUGCUACGACGCCUGCUCGUAUGGCGACCAGCGAGACAGGUGCAGAACGUCUGAAGCGGCGAAUGGAGGAGCUGCGGGCGCAGAAGAAGGCGGGCGCUCCCUCGGCUGCGCCUGGAAAGCCGCUCGCCGCCGCGGCGACACCUGGAAGGCGGCUAUCGCUUCGUCCGCCGGUAGCCGCCGCGCCUCGACCCGCUCAAAUGGCUCGGCCUCGCCUCUCCACUCUUCCCUCCAAUACUCCCGCUCGCUCUCGUCUCGCUGGUCCCUCCAGUGCGCCGCUUGAGCCGCCCAAGACGCCGGGGGAGCGAAAAGAAUCAACCGCCGCCCGACUCGACCGCCUGCGCUCGGAGCGGAAACAGCGGGAGGAUGCGCGGGCGAAGAGCCCCGAGAAGCCUGCAGUCGGCUUGAAGCGCACGUCGAGCUUGGUGGCCACGGGGACAAGGGCGCCGGCUGGAUCGGCGCCACUCGCAAGGAAGAGCGUCGCCGACUUGCGGGCCGCUCGAACUGCCUCAACUUCCGCUCCAGUCGCCGCCAAGCCUCCCGCUCGGCGUCCGUCGACUCUGCCAGCUCCCUCUCAUCCCAUCAGUCGUCCUUCGCUUGCGCCCUCCACAUCUCGCCAGUCUCAUGCGCCCGCAUCAUCUCGCCUGUCUCUCGCACCAUCGACCUCGCGGACCUCUCUCGCUCCCUCAUCCUCGCUCGCCUCUUCGACGUCGUCAACAUCGUCGAACGUCUCCGUGACGGCCCGUACGUCACCUCGCAAGUCGGCAAUCGCACGUCCGUCCCUCCAGCCCGGUGCGACCGGUCUAAAGCGACCAUCUCUCGCCAAACCGGCUUUUUCGGCCGUUCCACUGCCUCGCGCUCGUCAACCGCUGGGCCAGACACAGCCUGCGGCGUCGAGUGCGGCUCCGCAGCCGUUGAAGCCGCGAAUGAGCAGGAUUGGGUUGGGAAGGCCGGGGUGA